GAUGUUUACCAUGAUGAGUUAGCGAGAAGGCAGGCUUCCGAGGAGUCGUUUCGUGACCUUUACGAACGCAAACUGGAAGCCUUUCGUCUUGACUACCAAAGUAAACUGCAAGCGUUGCGCGACGAGUACCAACAAAGCAUGGAAGCGUUUCGGCUUGAGUACGGACUUGAAUUGCGAAAUCUGGAGGACGAGGAGGUCCAGGCUUUUGAUGAGGAUCUUGGGGUUGUAGUUUAUCAUCCAAUUGGGGCGGGGGCUGCAGAACAAGCUGGUCCACCAGUGGGAGGCGGGGAGGUUCUUCACCUUCCCCCGCAAGAAGGAAAGUCUUUAGAGGCUCUCGCUCUUCCUUCCUCCUCAGCAAGUCGUCCACAUCUAAGUUUAAGAGGUUCUGAAGCAGCUGCUUCAAUGAUGUUGACGGAAGAUGCACACCAAGACUGGCAACGCUAUACAGCGCUUCUUGACGAGUACCAAAAGAAGCAGGAAGAGUUUCAUGAAGAAGUCGAAGCUCUAGAUUAUAAGGCUCUCGUAGAAACAUCCGAACCACGCAGUGGGGCCCUAGAGGAAGCGCUUUUCGACGAGUACCAGAAUACAAGGAC